AUGGCGGUGCCACAUGCUGGGCGAGAGGCAGGGGGCCGCGCUGAGUCUCUGCCCAAUCCAUCAGUGACGAGCACCAAACCAGAGCUGCCGUUGCCAGCUGAUGUCCUGCUCUCUCCCUGCUGCACCUCCCGCCAGCAGAAGCUCAUCAAGAAGCUGCAGGCUGAGAAAGCCUUUCAGGAGGAGAUGCAGAGUUUUCAGGAGACAAUGAAGAGCUUUCAGGAGAAGAUCAAGGUCUUUCGGGAAAAAAUCAGAGAUUUCAAGAUGGCCAUCCAAGCCUUCUAGAAAGAGGAAAAGCCCAUCUGGGAGGAGGAAGCUGCCUUUCAGGAGGAAGAAAAGGCUAUUCAGGAGGAAGCAGAAGCCUUCUGGAGGGUGUAUAGUGACUUCUGGAAGGAAUAUAAUGCUUUCUGGAAGAAGGAUAAGGAUUUCUGGAAAGAAGGUCAGCUCCUCUGGGAGAAAGACAGGGUUCUUCUGGAUGAGGACAGAGUCCUAUGGGCAGAAGAAGAAGCUCUGUGGGCAGAUGAAACAGCUCUCCUGGAAGAGGGAAGAGCUCUCUGGGAAGAUGAAGAGGCCAUCCAGGAAGGUGAAAAAAACCUCAAGGAGUAUGAAAUGUUGAUCUGGGAGAAGACCUUUGGUCCUGAGAGAGAGGAUAUCUCCAGGGAUGCCACUGUCCACAGGGGGAAAGCAUAA